AUGCUUAAAGCGUCGUUUUCCGCCCAUUUCAACCUUCUCCUCAAUUCUCCCGUCCCACCCACUCCGUCACCCUCCGUCCCCCUCCGUCCGUCAGUGGACGUUCUCCGUCAGCUCGGCGCGCAGUCGGGCAGCGAGUUCGAUGGGUUCAAGUCGUGGACGGCCAGCGGCGCGCCCGCCAAGUGCUCCAAGUACUACGGAGUGACGUGCGACAAGGAGGGCAAGAUCGUUGCCAUCUACGUCCCGUCUGCCCGCCUCGUUGGGCCCAUCGACGCGCUCUCCUCGCUCGACCAGCUGCAACGCCUCGAAUUGAGUUACAACAAUGGUGUGGAGGCGUUGCCGCAGUCUUUCACCAAGCUCAAGAAGCUCAAACUCCUCAAUGUGAACAGCUGUUCUAUCAAGGGGCGCAUUCCAACCUUCCUCGGCCAACUCACGGCCCUCACUUACCUGGGCAUUGGGGUUAACUCGUUUGAAGGUGCUGUGCCUUCCAGCCUCGGCAGCCUUGUCAACCUCGUCUUCCUCAACAUCGGUGGAACAGGGGAGGACGGCGUGGGAGGGGCCUUGCCUGCAAGCUUUGCCAAUCUGACAAAGCUCAAAGAGCUGUGCGUGCUUAGGGGGGGGGAGAGAGGGGCUUGGAAAAAAAUACGGGAUAGUGCUGAUCUGAUGAAGCUCAAAGAGGUGUGCGUGCCUAGGGGGGUGGAGGGGUGCGUCCUUACUCCUCUCUUGCUGUUUGCCCCAUCCCCCUACCUACCCCCCAUUCCCUCUCAUCUUCCCUCCCCUCUCACUCACCCCACCUACCCUCCCCUUCUUUCCGCCCUCCCCCCACCCUCUCAUCUUCCCCCCCGCUUCCUCCCCACCCCCCACAGCUAUCUGCAUGACAACCGCUUCAGUGGGCCGCUGCCGGACUUCAUUGGCUCUUUCACCAAGCUUGAGCAGCUGUGA